UCUGUCUGCAGUUUACUCUUACAACACUCAGACCCCUUUAAAACACACACACACACACACACACACACUGACCAGCCAUCUGUAGAUAGAACCGUCUUUUCUGAACACACAGUCUACAAAACCCACUGUUCACUCUCUCACACAAGUACAGCACAUGCCUGGAGCUCACUUUGAAGAUAGAGGUGGCAAUCACUUGUUCUAUGGUACUGAAGCAGGACAGAGGACUGGCGUCUCAAUGGUAAAAACUUCAGUUUGAGAAGAGCGAUCAUCUGUAAUUUCUGGAAAAAUGGCUUCUUUGUAUGUUUUGAUGGACCGACACAUCUCCUAAAUAUGUUUAUUUAGAGAUUAUCACUCAUUAAUAUGUGCAAGAAGAUUUGGCAGGCUUUACCUGUUUUACCAUAAAGAUGAAGAUCAGUAUUCUUCUGCAUUUGACGUUAUUGCUGGUGAGGACAUCAAGCUUUGAAGAUUCACCUGUGGAUAAAUUAACAGAUGUUUCUGGGGGCAGCAGUCAGCAUUUAAACUCUGUUCAGCAUGGAGAAUGUAGCUACACCUUCAUUCUGCCAGAACCUGAGGAGAGCAGGACUUGUAGCCUGCCAAAAGAACAUGAUGGUAAUUAUGAAGGUAACAGUGUCCAGAAAGAAUCUCCACAGGGGAAGCAAAGCCGCUUAAACCAGUGGAUCCAACACCUGGAGCUUGCCAUGGAAAAUUACACCCACUGGCUCCAAAAGAUUGAGGUCUUUGUGAAAGCGAGUCUGACAGAGGACGCAACACACCUGCGGAAUAGUGCUUUACAUAGUGAAAUGACAGCCAUGUUGGAUCUUGGCACAAAAGUGCUUUUCCAGUCCACCCAACACAUCAGGAGACUAACAGACAUGGAGACACAGGUUUUCAAUCAGACUUCAAGACUGAAGGUUCAGUCAAUGGAAAACGCCUUGUCCUCCAUCAAACUUGAGAACAAACUGCUCCGGCAAACCAGUGAGAUGAACCGACUUCAGGACAAAACAGACGGCCUAGAGCAGCGUAUGCUUAACAUGGAGGCACGUCAUCGUGCAGAACUGGGUUGGCUAAAGAGUGAGUGGACAAAGCUCCAGAGACUCCUGGUAUCCCAGAGCGCUUCAAUACAGAGCCUGGAACUCAGUCUAGAGCAGGUCAUCACCAUCAACAGCGCCCUCUACCGUGAGCAACUACAGCUGCAUGGUACCAUCAACAAACUGCUUAAAAUAUGCCCCAAGAACAAAGCAGUGAGUCCAAAAGUUUUCAAACAAAUGGGUGAGCAGAGAAAAUACAGAGACUGUGCCGAACUCUUCCAGGCUGGAUUUAACAGGAGUGGAAUUUAUACCAUCCACAUUCACAUGCAAGUCAUGCAUAAGGUUUAUUGCAACAUGGAAAGUGCUGGUGGGGGCUGGACCGUCAUACAGUAGAGGAAAGAUGGAACGUUGGACUUCCACAGAACCUGGAAGGAGUAUAAGAUGGGCUUUGGGAGUCUGACUGGAGAACACUGGUUGGGAAAUGAGCUGGUGUACAAGUUGACCAAUCAGAGGCAGUGCACUCUUAGACUGGAGUUGACGGACUGGGAUGGCAAACUGGCCUUCUCCAAAUAUGACAAGUUUUACCUAGGUAGUGAGACACAAAACUACAGGUAGAAAAUUGUGCAUUCAUUGCUCUUUCAACCCAGCAUUGUUUGAUGACAUAUUUGCUGUAAAUAUUUGUUUGCUCUGUGCUGCUUGACUAAACUCUUCAUACCCUCUGUUACCACACAUACAGAUAAAUCAAAACAAAUGCAUUCUUUCACACAUUCAGUUUGGCUUCAGUGCUAUUAUUUGUUAUCAAAAUAUGUUUGUUUCAUGACACCCAAUUGUUUCACAGGAAGCAAUUUAGCAAAAUACCCAAAAUGCACC